AUGAGGCUCGUAUCGUUUUUGGCCUUUGUGGCUGGAACUGUUCUUGCAAAAGAAAUUCAAAGAGCUGAAAACUCUUUACUGGUUGAUGAGCCAGAACCUCUCCAUCGAUUUGCGCGCAGUAAGAGUGGAUCUGGAAAGAGUGGAUCUCCAAAAUCUCCGAAAACGCCAAAAUCUGGUAAGAGCUCCAAGUCUCCAAAAUCGCCCAAGUCACCCAAAUCCGGCAAAAGCUCCAAAUCACCAAAGUCUCCCAAAACGCCAAAGUCUCCCAAAACGCCUACUCAACGUCCAACUCGGCCACCAACAGUAACAACAAAACCGCCACGACCCACAACAGUUUCUACCACAACCAAAAAAACAAGACCAACAACUGUCUCAACGACUACUCGAAAAACAAGACCUCCUCCAGUGACAACGAAGCCGACUCGACCACCAACACUAACAACGAAACCAACCAAGCCACCAACAGUUUCCUCCACAACAAUCAAGACAAGACCAACGACCGUUUCAACAACAACUCGAAAAAAAAGACCAACAACAGUAUCGACCUCAACCACCACCUCCACUACACGAAGAUGGCCAACAAUCACUCUCCCGACUCUUCCUACUCGCACAACUCCCCCUCCUACCGUUUCAAGUACAACAACAACAUCGACCACACGGCCAACUACAGUUUCAACGACAACGUCUCGACAGCCAACAACCACUCUUCCCACAACAACUGAAUCAUCAACCAGUCGAACCUUCACCCGACCCACAAUGAAACCAACCUUCAAGCCGGAAACAACAACGACGGAAAAAGCUCCCCAAGAGCCAUGCAACUGUGAGGACAAUAAUGACGAGGAGCAAGAAUUGGUUGACUUUCAGGAUGGCAUCGUCAUCUUCGCGCCAGUUUUGAACGAAAUUGAAACGAACAUCGACAUCGAGCAAAAUUUCUUGACCAACAUUGACAUGGAUCUUGAAUAA